UAUUCUCUCCUUGCUUUACUUACUCACUCAAGUCAUGGCCUUACCUCGAUUAAAAACGGUGAUAACACGAGAAAGAUUCUAUAAAACAGCAGUCGUCCUUUUCUUUCACGGUGAAGAAGGAUCUGCUCAAGCUGUUAAAGACAAUCUUAAAAGUUUACUCCUUAAAAACUUUGAUUUUGACCAUAUAAGAGUUAUCUAUCCACAAGCUCCCGAAAUUCCAUACACCAUCGAAGGAAAGCAACUUAGAAGCGUUUGGUUUGAUAGAAAAACGUACAGUCCAACAUGUCCAGAACAAAUGGACUCUAUAGAAAGAAGCUGCAGUUUAGUGAAACAAUUAGUUAAUGAUUUAGUAACAAGUGGGAUAAGAAAAGAAAGGAUUGUUCUGGGAGGUCUUGAUAUGGGUGCUCAGCUUGCCAUGCAUUUGGGUUAUAGGUAUCUCCCUGAAGUUGCUGGCAUAUUUGGUUUGUCGUCACAUCUAAGCCCAACAUCCACUGUUUAUCAUCAUAUUCUAAAACAGAAACAAGCUAACAAGGAUGUGAAAUUUCCCAAACUUUUAUUAUGUAAUGACCAUGAAGACAGAAAAGUGACAUUCAAAUGGGCCUCUCUGACAGCAGAAUGCUUCAUGGAUCUGGACAUUGAGAGUGAAUUUCAAGUGUAUUAUGGGACAGAGGAAGGAGUUUCACUGUACGAACUGGUCAAUCUCAGAGACUGGAUACUUGAUGUAUUACCAGAUGAAAAAUUAGAUACUAAAAAUAAAAAGUGAAAACAGCCCCA